CCGGCUCGUCCUGUUCUGUCCCAAUCAUUGUAAACAGGCGGAGGCUAGGGCGGGGUGGAAAUGGGGCGUCCAAGGCCGGCCAGGGGCGCAGCGCAGGAGGCGGCUACGGUGGCUGCGGCGGCAGCGUGAGCUCGAGGAGGCUGCGGCUGUGGCGGGGGCGGGCGGUCGCGCUGCGGCGGGCUCAGGUGUAAUGGAUAGGUAACAGAGAAGCCCUCUUCACUAUCUCAUCAGGGAGGCAGAAUGACUGAGUGCUUCCUGCCCCCCACCAGCAGCCCUAGUGAACACCGCAGGGUGGAACAUGGCAGUGGUCUCACCCGAACCCCCAGCUCUGAGGAGAUCAGCCCUACUAAAUUUCCUGGAUUGUACCGCACUGGUGAGCCCUCGCCUCCCCAUGACAGCCUCCAUGAGCCUCCUGACAUAGUAUCUGAUGAUGAGAAAGACUAUGGGAAGAAAAAAGGAAAAUUUAAGAAAAAGGAAAAAAGGAGGUCUUUCACAAAUAAAAAUGCCAAAUUUCCAGAAAUAGUAAAGUUUUCUGGUGGAAGUUCCUUAAAUCCUUCCAAAAUGAAAAGAUCCAAGGGAAUACAUGUUUUUAAGAAGCCCAGCUUUUCUAAAAAGAAAGAGAAGGAUUUUAAAAUAAAAGAGAAACCUAAAGAAGAAAAACAUAAAGAAGAAAAGCACAAAGAAGAAAAACAUAAAGAGAAAAAGUCAAAAGAUUUGACAGCAGCUGAUGUUGUUAAACAGUGGAAGGAAAAGAAGAAAAAGAAGAAGCCAAUUCAGGAGCCAGAGAUGCCUCAGAUUGAUGUUCCGAAUCUCAAACCCAUUUUUGGAAUUCCUUUGGCUGAUGCAGCAGAGAGGACCAUGAUGUAUGAUGGCAUUCGACUGCCGGCAGUUUUCCGUGAAUGUGUAGAUUAUGUAGAGAAGUAUGGCAUGAGGUGUGAAGGCAUCUACAGAGUUUCAGGAAUUAAAUCAAAGGUGGAUGAGCUGAAAGCAGCCUAUGACAGAGAGGAGACUCCAAAUUUGGAAGAAUAUGAGCCUAAUACUGUAGCCAGUUUGCUGAAGCAAUAUUUGCGAGACCUUCCGGAAAAUCUGCUUACCAAAGAGCUUAUGCCUCGCUUUGAAGAGGCUUGUGGGAGGAGCACAGAGAGUGAGAAAGUGCAGGAAUUUCAGCGCUUACUGAAAGAACUGCCAGAAUGUAACUAUCUUCUGAUUUCCUGGCUGAUCGUGCACAUGGACCAUGUUAUUGCGAAGGAACUGGAAACAAAAAUGAAUAUACAGAACAUUUCUAUAGUGCUCAGCCCAACCGUUCAGAUUAGCAAUCGUGUCCUAUAUGUGUUUUUCACACAUGUACAAGAGCUCUUUGGAAAUGUGAUACUAAAGCAAGUGACAAAACCUCUUCGCUGGUCUAACAUGGCUACUAUACCCACACUGCCAGAGACCCAGGAGAGCAUCAAGGAGGAAAUCAGAAGACAGGAGUUUCUUUUGAAUUGUUUACAUCGAGAUCUGCAGGGCGGGGUAAAGGAUUUAUCUAAAGAAGAAAGAUUAUGGGAAGUACAAAGAAUUUUGACAGCCCUUAAAAGGAAACUGAGAGAAGCUAAAAGACAAGAAUGUGAAACCAAGAUUGCACAAGAGAUAGCCAGUCUUUCAAAAGAGGAUGUUUCCAAAGAAGAAAUGAAUGAAAAUGAAGAAGUUAUAAAUAUUCUCCUCGCCCAGGAGAAUGAAAUUCUGACUGAACAGGAGGAGCUUCUAGCCAUGGAGCAGUUUCUGCGCCGACAGAUUGCCUCAGAAAAAGAAGAGAUUGAACGCCUCAGAGCUGAGAUUGCUGAAAUUCAGAGUCGUCAGCAACAUGGCCGAAGUGAAACUGAGGAAUACUCCUCUGAAAGUGAAAGUGAGAGUGAAGAUGAAGAAGAGCUUCAGAUCAUCUUGGAAGAUUUACAGAGACAGAAUGAAGAGCUAGAAAUAAAGAACAAUCAUUUGAAUCAAGCAAUUCAUUUAGAGCGAGAAGCCAUCAUCGAACUGCGCGUGCAGCUCCGCCUGCUCCAGCUGCAGCGAGCCAAGCCUGAGCCACAGGCACAGGACGACGAAGAGCCCGAGAAACGAGCGGGUGCUGUCCAGCUGCCUAGAGAUGGCGCCCCAGAAACAAAAGCAGCUAAAGAGCAGCCAAAGGCAGGCAAGGAGCAGGCUAAGCCGUCGCCGAGCAGAGACAGGAAGGAGACGCCCAUCUGAGCAUCCUGUGGGUCAUGGAAUCCUCCGUAACUAACAAGACCUGUGCAUCUUACUGUAAUCCCGAGAGUCAGAGUGCACACUCUCUGCUGUACAUUCUGUAAAGAUGUCUUUUCUUCUCAGAGACUCUUCCUUUUUUCACACAUAUGACUUUUCCACAUCAGGCUCAGGCUACAGGGGAGGACAAAGCAGUGGACGCAUUGUAGGCUUGUAGGGGACAGAUGUGUUUUCCAGAUAGCUUAUUUUGAAGAUUAAUUUUGUUAACUUACAGUAACUAUUUUAACCCUUGAGUGGUUUCUUUUUAAACCAAAAAUCAUCUUUGCUUUUUUAUUACGGCAGAAUCAGGAUCUCUCUCUCUCUCUCUUUCUCUCGUUCAAGGCGAGGAACCCAACAAGGUAAAUACUGUUCCUGCCUUGUGGCUCGCCCGUCUCACCCUCCAGGGUCACUGCUUACCUAGUCACUCUUGCUUGUGCCUUUUACACCCUUUUGGUGCAGAUUAUGUCAUGGGGAGCCGCCUCAUAUUUCCUGACUCACCAGAAUAGCUCUUACUGGAGUUACCUUUACGCACCCAUGUCACUCUCUCCUUUGACAGUCCUAAACCGGUCCUUGAGACUGAGUCACCAGAAAGGCCUACUUGGUUGCAGACAGAGCUGCCUGUGGAGCCCACCUGCCAGUUGGGGGCAGUGUGGCCCAGCGUGGAGGAGGGGCCACUUCACUCCUGGCUCCUGCUGCUCUGAGGCUAGUGAUCAGCACAUGCUUUUCACUGGGUUGGUUAAAGUAGCCACCUUGACCUCAGGAAUCCACAUAAAGGAUCUGUUUUUCAAACCAGAAAGCUUCUAUGUGACUGACCUUCCAUUACAAACAGAAUGACUUAGAUUGCUUGCUUGGGCUAGAAGGUAAACAUCUCUUUGCCUGAAUAAGCCAUAUAUAUACUGCUAAAAGUUUUCAAUUAUCCAUAUCGUCUCAGUGAACCUGCUGAUGGACUCCCAAUUGACAAGAUUGAGCAAUAGAAAAAAACAACUUUUCCUUUUAAUGAUAGCUGCGAUCCCCAAACCCAUUUUCUUGUUUUUGUCACUUUGGUGACCUGAAGCAUCUGGGGACCCUGCUGUCAGCACCUUGUUCAGUCAGUCAUGCUCUGUCCAAAUUUAUAGCACCCAUGAGGUAGGUCAGCUCUCAUGGCUGUGAAGACAAACUACAGUUAAGGUGAUGGAAACGACUCCCUGAGGGCUCUGAUUUCCUCCUCCUCCUAGUUAGUAUUUAUUUUCAGCACCUGUUUGAUGCGAUUUUUUUUAUCCUCUACCUAUUGCACUGUUGUGACUUGUUGGCCAUUAUUUGAUUUUUGUAUGAAAAAAAAGCUUUGUUAUAGAAAUCAGCAUACUAUUUUUUUAAAUCUGGAGAGAAGUUAUUAUGGUGACUGAAAAUAUGGUCAGGUGUCAAAAAGAAAUGUAUAAAAGCCUUCUUGCUGUUCUGUCCCUCAUAUUAUAUUCAUUUUAUAUUUGCUGGCAAUAUUGGAGGUUUCGUUUCUGUUUGUGUAAACUCUAAUUUCUAUCAAGGUAUCAUGGAUUUUUAAAAUUUAGUAUUUCAUUACAGU